CAAAACUUGCAAUUUGUUGUGUGUUUUAACUUUCCAUAUGUAUUAUGUCUUGUAGGUGAUGAUGAACAAUCUACACAAAUGGCUGCUAGUUGGGAGGAUGAGAAGGUGACUGAAGCUGCCUCAGAGGGUUUUGUUGCUAUUAAAAUUCAUACCAAAAGUGAAGCGUGUCUGCAAUUUUCACAGAUCUAUCCUGUAGUGUGUGUUCCAUCCAGUUUCUUCAUAGGAGACAAUGGGGUUCCCUUGGAAGUAAUUGCUGGCAGCGUCUCUGCUGAGGAGCUUAUCACUAGAAUCCACAAAGUGAAACAGAUGCACACAGUAAAAAAUCAAGCGCUGGAAAACGAGAGUCAGUUGUCUGCUCCAUGUCCUUCUUUUCAGUCUAAUAGCCCUUCAGAAAAUGUUUGUUCCAGAGCAGAUGAGCUUUGUACAAUGCAACCUGAGACUGUAAGCUCUUCUGCAGAUAAAGCAUGUGCAGAUCAGGCAAGUCAGCCUCAAGACACAAGUAGUUCUUCAGAUGAGAGAGUGACUGAUAUUCAGCCUGUGAAUGACCUUGCAGUCAAAGUGGAAAGGCUAACAAAAAAGCUUGAAGAAAGACGAGAGGAGAAAAAGAAAGAGGAAGAACACAAAGAACUUAAAAAGGAAAUUGAACGAAGAAAAACUGGGAAAGAGAUGCUGGAGUACAAGAGACGACAAGAAGAAGAAUUGACAAAACGAAUGUUAGAGGAAAGGAACAGAGAGAAGGCAGAAGAAAAAGCAGCAAGAGAGCGUAUAAGACAGCAGAUUGCAAUGGAUCGUGCUGAAAGAGCAGCUCGCUUUGCAAAAAAUAAAGAAGAAGCAGAAGCUGCCAAGGCUGCAGCUCUCCAAGCUAAGCAGGCUGAAAUAGAAGCAAGGAAAGAAGCGUCUCAAAAGGAAAGGAGUGCUAUAGCAAGGAUUCAGUUCCGUCUCCCAGAUGGAUCUUCCUUUACUAAUCAGUUUCCUUCAGAAGCACACUUGGAAGAAGCUAGGCAAUUUGCUGCACAGACAGUUGGCAACACUUAUGGCAACUUUUCCUUGGCCACAAUGUUUCCCAGAAGGGAGUUUACCAAAGAAGAUUAUGGAAAGAAAUUAUCAGAGCUAGAGCUUGCACCAAGUGCUUCAGUAGUAUUGUUGCCGGCUGGAAGACCAGCAACAUCAGUGGUACAGGCCUCAGGUGGAGACUUUUGGAAAUUCCUGGGCACAAUACUUUAUCCACUCAUUGCUGUCUGGAGGCUUAUUAGCAACUUCAUAUUCACCAGUCCUCCCCCCUCACAAUCUACAGUGAGAACAGCACAUCAGCAAGAACAUUCAAAUCCUUCAGCAUCCAGCAGUAUGGAGCCAAGCAGGCAAGCAGUUAGGAAACGACUGCUGGAAAAGCGUGGGGAGGACUUUAAAAAAGAAGGCAAAAUAUAUAGAUUGAGGACUCAAGAUGAUGGAGAAGAUGAAAAUAAUACUUGGAAUGGAAAUUCAACCCAGCAAAUGUAGUUUUGAGUAAUGGUGCAAUAAUCAUUGGGUUUGUGUUGUUUUGUUUUUUCCUUAUUUGAUUUAAGCAAACUAAAAUUUCUGCUGGAGACAUAAGGCUUGUAUCUUAAACUGACUCAGCCACACUACUUCUAUUCCUGCCAUGGGGUAUGAAGUUGCCUAAAUCAA